AUGGCUUCGGCUAAGCCAGAAAUUAAGUUCGAGCCAGGGACAGAGGGCGAUUCUUCUAGCGGCACGGUCAUCGGGGCAUGGGAGCGUAACACCAAUGAGUUGCUGCCUCGGUGGGAGGCAGCAGUCACCUGUACUGACCCAGAAAGUAUCUGCGAUCCAGACCCCAUUAAGUAUCCGGCGCAACAUACUCUAUACCAGGACCAGGAUCAGGAUAUCCCGCUCGGAAAAGAUCUUCAAGUCUGGAGACAUCGAGGGACCCGAUCCCGGCUACGAGACCGCCUCAGUAGGUGGGUAUUUCCAAAGCAGAGUACUCCUUUUGAAGGCCAGUCUGCCAUCUCACUGGAUCGGCUAGCAGAGACCCGUCUCAAUUCUUCUGAGGCGCGACUUGUCGAAAUGAUGAAAAGGGUCGUCUGCCAUAGUGGGCCUUGCCGCUUUUGGCUCAUCGGCUUUGAUCCGUUGUUUCUAGAAGGAAGCUCCUUCUACAUAACUUUGCGUGGGCUCGUGCUGGAUAGUCUUACCAGUGCAGAUGGACGGCGCACACCAAGCCAUAUCGAGCUUGCAGAAACCUUUGUGGCCCUCUCAGAACGCUCCACCAGCUGGAUCGAAGACGAGGCAAUUUGCCUGGCCAUCAUCCUCGGCCUGGACGUCGGAAAAGUACAACACGCUAUAGGCCCUGAACGAAUGGAGGUGCUUGUCCGCAUCUGGGAAUCGGUUCCUAGAGGCUUGUUCUUCGUUCGCGCUCCUCGGAUGAUCAAGGAUGGUUUGCGUUGGAUGCCGAGAUCGUUGCUGAACUCUGGUCUGGGGCAAUUUAUCAGGGAAUAUCAUAUAACGAGGGUCCCAGCCCUCCGUACUGAGCGUGGACUGCAACUUCAAGCCGCGGGAGUGUUUGUCAGCCUGAUUGAGAUGCAAACUGCACCGGACGGUCAAUUGUACCUUGAAGAUGAGGUUGACUGUUAUGCGAUUAUAACAUCCGGGAUCCAAGAGCUUGAACUUGUUGACUUCGAACAUGACCAAUGCGCUGUCGUCUUCAACUACAGGCUGAACCCUGGACACUACACAAUGGCAGUAUUGGUAAGUGUGACGAGUCGCGAGGACGAUAUCAUCUUCGCUCGUUACCUUCUCAGAAUCGGGGCUCUCGCACCACAUCCAACACGUAGACCUGGCUUACUGGAAAAAAGUCGCAGUGCGUCAUUUACAUCAUCACAGCAGAAGUGGUGUGUGGGUUGA